AAAUUGCGAAAGAAUAAUUGAUACGAAGAAGAAUGCACGUGUAUCGUUUGUCAGGAUAAUAAUAAUAUAAAGUAUCAUUUUUAACAAAAUGAUAUUUAAUUCAUUGAAAUGUCAACGUGUGUCAACAGUUUACAAAGUUUUGGAAAGAUCUCGUGGAUUGUAUCCUAACCUGUCAUCUAUGUUCGUUCGUUGUAAAUCAGACGAUUCAUUUGUGACCAUUGCUGAUGUGUCAAAGCGUGUAAAGUCAGCCAAAACUCCAGAAUACAUUCCUAGAAAAUAUUCAUUUCAAAUAACUGGACAAGAAUCAUUGAGACAUUUAAAAUGGAUGUUGCAAAAGGAUAUCCUAUGUCAAGAUAUAUUUUUAACAGGCAGUCCAGGUUCAAGAAGACGAGAAUUAGCUUUGGCAUUUCUCGAAUUGACAAAUCGAGAAUUAGAAUUCGUUUCUUUAUCCAGAGAUACAACGGAGGCUGAUUUGAAACAAAGAAGAGAGAUUAAAAGUGGUACUGCUUAUUAUCAUGAUCAAAGUGCAGUUAGAGCUGCUACCAAUGGUAGAAUUCUUGUGAUAGAAGGUGUAGAGAAAGCAGAAAGAAAUGUUUUGCCUAUUUUAAAUAAUUUAUUAGAAAAUAGAGAAAUGCAUCUUGAAGAUGGUAGAUUUCUUAUACCAGCUGCACGUUAUGAUAAAUUAUUAGAGAAACAUAGUCAAGCAGAGUUAGAUGCAUGGCAAUUAGUUAGGGUCAGUGAAGAUUUUAGAGUAAUUGCUUUGGGAUUACCAUCUCCACGGUAUCCUGGUCAUCCAUUGGAUCCACCACUGAGAUCUAGGUUUCAAGCAAGAUAUAUACCAUUUUCUACCUUUGAAGAAAAUAUGAAAACUAUGAAAGAACUAGCAUCUAACAUCGAUUCAGAACGUUUAUCAAAAUUAUUAUCCUGCGCUCAUGCCUUGGUAACACAUGAAGCUAUGAGCUUGAAUCUUCCUGAUUUCCCAUUGGACAAUCUUACACUUGCUGCGAAAAUUCUGAAUAAUUGUCCAGACUUGUCGUCAUUUGAUAUAUUUUAUAGACUUUAUCCGUAUAAAUUAUUUUUGAGUAAGGAAGGACAAACUGCAGUAGAAGAUAUUCUUAAAACGUUCGAUCUUUUGAAUAAUCCAAUAAAAGGAAAAUCAAUUAAAAUAGAUAGUCAAAAAAUUGAUGAUAAUUUAUUACAAGUUGUUAUUACGAAGGAUGAUGUCAAAACAACAUUAAAAAUGCCUUGUGGAUCAAUGGAAUUAAAUAAAUCAAUGGUAGAUAAAUAUAUAGAAACAAAUUAUCAAAAUAAUUUAUUAGCCAAUCUAAUGGAAUCAAAUUUAGUUUCGGAUUUAUGUUUAAUUGGUCCGAAAGGUUGUGGUAAAUCUACGACUAUUCAAAAGUUAGCUGAUUUAAUGGGUUACGAAGUAGAACCUAUAAUGCUUUAUCAAGAUAUGACAUCGAGAGAUUUGAUACAGCAAAGAACAACUUUAUCAAAUGGUGAUACUGUUUGGAAAAAUUCGGCUCUUGUUGAUGCGGCUCUUGAAGGAAAAAUGGCUGUUUUAGAUGGAGUUGAUAGAAUACAUCCUAGUACACUUGCAAUAUUACAUAGAUUGAUUUACGAUCGUGAGUUACAAUUACACGACGGUAAAAGACUUUUAAGAGCCGAUCGAUAUGACGAAAUUAAAGAAGAAUAUAAAAAGUCAGACGAAGAAAUGCGCGAAUUGGGGGUUUACCGAAUUCAUCCGUCCUUUAGAUUGAUAGCUCUUGCUGGAAAACCAGUGAUUAAUAGUUCAACAGGUCAAUGGUUGAAUUCCGAGCUUUUAAGUAUGUUUAUUUUUCAUGAAAUGAGACCUCUGGCUAAGGAAGAAGAAAUUCAUAUUAUUCGAUCGAAAUAUGGAGAACCCAAUGAAGCUUUAUUAAAUAUUAUUAAAUUAGCACAUACUUUACGAUCAUCGAACGAUCCAACUUUACAGUCUCUCGCUAGUUCUCUUAGUACAAGACAAUUGUUAAGAAUAGCUGAAAGAAUGAAGAAAUUUCCUAACGAUGACGCUUAUUCGGCUGUUCAUCGUGCAUGUUUGGCACGUUUCUUACCAACCAUGACGAAACAGGCACUCGAUGAUUGUUUGAAUCGAUUAAAUAUCAUUCCUAUAAAAGAUACUAAAAAUAUACCAAAGAUUGACUAUGAAGUUAAUGAUAAAACAUUAAAAAUUGGUAAUACUGUAGUUGAUAGGUAUAAUACUACGUCAUUGAGCAAAGUACCGGACAUAUUGUUUUACGAUGUACCGCAACAUCUUACGUUGUUGGAAAAUUUGCUUCAAGAUUUUACGUUAGGACAUAAUCUUUUACUCGUUGGUAAUCAAGGUGUCGGUAAAAAUAAAAUAGUCGAUAGAUUGUUGCAAUUGAUGAACAGACCUAGAGAAUAUAUUCAAUUGCAUAGGGAUACCACUGUUCAAACUUUAACUUUACAACCUAUGGUCAGAGAUGGUAAAGUCGUUUAUGAGGAUUCUCCUUUGGUUCAAGCGGUCAAACUUGGACAUGUUCUUGUUGUUGAUGAAGCCGAUAAAGCUCCGAUACACGUGACCUAUAUAUUAAAAACUUUGAUUGAAUCCGGUGAAAUGAUUUUAUCGGAUGGUAGACGAAUCGUUCCAUCUAAUAAUAAAAUAUCUGAUUGUAAUGAAAGAAUACCACUUCAUCCAGAUUUUCGAAUGAUAGUUCUUGCAAACAGACCUGGAUUCCCAUUUUUGGGCAAUGAUUUCUUUGGUGCUUUGGGAGAUCUUUUUAGUACACAUUCUGUUGAUAAUCCCAGUAUGGAAAAUGAAAUUCAAUUGUUGAAACAAUAUGGUCCUAAUGUUGAUGACAAAGUUAUACAUAAGUUGGUCAAAGCUUUUGGUGAAUUGAGAAGUAUGGCCGAUCAAGGUUUAGUUUCUUAUCCAUAUUCAACUCGAGAAGUCGUUAAUAUCGUCAAACAUUUAGAGAAAUUUCCAAAUGAAACUUUAUCUGUAGUUGUACGAAACGUAUUUGAUUUCGAUCGAUACAGUCCAGAAGUUUUUGAUACAUUAGUAACUGUCCUACACAAACAUGGCAUUCCUGUUGGAACUUCACCAAAUAAUAUAGCAUUAGCGAAAGAAAUAUCUUUACCAGACAUCAAGGUCUGCGGUAGUUGGAACGUUUUAAGCACAUCCAAGGUUGUGCCCGUUCAAGAGAGAUACGUCAAAUUGAAAACAUUCUCUUAUCCAGUUCGAAAUAAUCACGUGUUAGAUCGAGUUGAAGCUAGAUCUGCUUGGUUCACCGAGUUACAAAGUUAUUGGACUGUACCAUUGAACGAAAGUGGUCUAGUCGUGUCUUUGACAGUUACUAAAGGAACAAAAGGAGAUGGCACAGAUGAUAAAGUACACGUGCUUACUGUUAAUCCUUUAACUUUGUUUACUAUGAAUUUAGAAUCUGAAACAAUUCAAGAAAUUAAACUACAUGAUUUAAUUAAAGAACGAAGUCAUAAGCCGUCACUUUAUACAAUAACAUCUGACAAAAUUGGAAAUGUUUUUGUACACGAAGGAAGUAGUAAUAGUUUACUUAUGAUAAAUACGGAUAAUGCAUCCAUCCAAGAAGUUAAAUUAUUUUCAAUUUUGGAACAAACUGUUGAUAAAAUUACCAAUACCUUCGGACGUCAGAAUUUCAAUUGGAAGAUGUUACCAGAUUUGAUUACUUCGACAAAUCAAUUAGUCUUCUUUCUUCCCAAUAAUAAUAAAAUGGAAGUUGUUAAUUUGGAUAGUAUGAUCACAUAUUCGAUCAACUUACCGUGUGACGUGGAAUCGAUAUUACUUGCGUCUGCGAAUAAAUGGCUGAUACAGGAUACAUCCAAGAAUAAAUACAUUUUAGGCAAGUCUGUGGAAUCUCAACCGUGUCCAAACAAUUUGCGAGAAAUUCAAGAAUCAAAUAAUCAUUUUUUGAAAAAUAGUUUAUUCCUGAGUUGUUCUCAAGACAAUUUACAUACAAACGUACUCAGUGAAGCAUUGCAACAAAAAAUUGAUUCACCUAAUAGACUUUUGGUUACUAAUAAUCUUUACGCUGGGAUUGUUAUUGGAUUUCCUGAAUUGGACAGUGCUAAUGAAUUACAUUAUUGGCCUAGAAAUAGACGAUUAAAUAGUUUUAUCAGACCUAUCGUUACAAAUGAUGGUCAAGUUAUACGAACAAUUUCUACUGAACAAGUACCUGAUGAAGUUUUUUCUAGUGAUAAAAAAUAUAUUGGAAUUUCUGGUUAUUUAGAAGUUGUUAAUACUGUUAAUCGUAAAGUUCGAUAUAUUCCUAUACCAGAACCUGUUAAAGUCAAUCCUCUUUCUGAAUGGUUGUACGGUAAAGAGUUGCCAAUUUUUGCUGCACCUACUUCGAAUUAUGGUCUUGUAACUGUUGACGUUAAUGGAUGCAUUCGAUUAUGGGAAACAUCGUUAACGAAUAUAGAAAAGUCUUUAGGUUCUUGGAGAAAAAUGAUUGGAUCUGACGAUGAUAAAAUACAAAUAACAAAGGAAAGAUAUUCAGGACAAGAUGUGAGUAGUCCGAAACAUGGAAAGAUCGAUGAGAAGAACGAUCCACACGUUGGUGGAAAUACUUGGGCGGGUGGGACAGGAGGUAGAGAUACGGCUGGACUUGGUGGAAAGGGUGGUCCAUAUCGUUUGGAUGCUGGUCAUACGGUGCAUCAGCUCAGUGACGAAGAAAAAAAUGCAGUUCCUGAACAUGUAAAAAAAGCUGCACGUGAAAUGGGUUUGCGUGCUUUUAAGCAACGUUUAAAGGAUAUCAGUAUGAGCGAAUACGAUCAUAAACUUUAUAGUCGGUUUAGUGAUGCAGUUGCUAAACAAGUUCAAGCAUUAAGAAUCAUAUUAGGUAGUCUACAAGCUAAAAGUAACGAACGUCAAUGGUGCAGACAUCAAACAUCCGGCGAAUUGGAUGAUACAAAAUUAAUAGAAGGUUUAACCGGUGAAAGAACGAUUUAUCGACGUAGAUCAGAAAAGGAACCAGAGAUUGGUGCACCCCAAUUAAAACCAAAAAGACUUAAAUUAGUUGUAGAUGUGUCUGGUAGUAUGUACAGAUUUAAUGGUUACGAUGGACGAUUAGAUCGUGAAAUGGAAGCUUGCGUUAUGAUGAUGGAAUCGUUCAGUGGUUACGAAGAUAAAUUUCAAUAUGACAUUAUUGGUCAUUCCGGGGAUGAUUAUCGUAUUCUUUUUGUUGAUCGUGCUAAUCCUCCGGUUGAUAAUAAACGAAGAUUGGAAGUAAUUAAAACGAUGCACGCUCAUUCACAAUUUUGUAUGUCAGGUGACAAUACAUUAGAAGCAACACAAUAUGCUAUUUCUAGUUUAGCAAAAGAAGAUUCCGACGAAUCGAUAGUUGUCGUACUUUCUGAUGCAAAUUUAGAACGUUAUGGAAUUAGACCAGAAAGAUUUGCUAAAGUACUUACUUCGAAUUUGGAUGUUAACGCUUAUGCUAUUUUUAUCGGUUCGUUAGGUGAUCAAGCUACGAGAUUGAUCAAAAAGAUGCCUUCCGGACGUGCCUACGUUUGUAUGGAUUUACAAAAUAUUCCAAGAAUAUUGCAACAAAUAUUUUCAUCCUCGGUAUUAAGUACAACAAGAGUUAAUUGAUGACAAUAAUUAGAUUAGGAAUAGUUUAAUUAAACAAACGAUAAGGUACAUUAGAAAUACUUUGUAAUAUAUUUUAUGUAAUUAUGUAAAAAAAAGAAGAAAAAAACAAUCAA